AUGAACCAAACAAAAAAUGCGAGCUUGGCGGGUUUUCUAAAAGUACUAAAAUGGUUCAAUCCUUUGCGCAGGAAAAUGGCUCUAGCUGGAAUUUUCUUGGUGGGUUUCCUUGCAAUGGUUUCGUCUGUCAAUGGUUAUGGCGGUGGAGGUUGGAUCAAUGCUCAUGCAACCUUCUACGGAGGUGGCGAUGCUUCUGGCACAAUGGGUGGGGCUUGCGGUUAUGGGAACCUGUACAGCCAGGGGUAUGGUACAAACACUGCAGCUUUGAGUACAGCUCUGUUCAACAGCGGGCUAAGCUGUGGUUCUUGCUACGAGAUUAGGUGUGAAAAUGACGGCAAAUGGUGCCUGCCUGGCUCCAUUGUGGUCACAGCCACCAACUUCUGCCCACCAAACAAUGCCCUCCCUAACAAUGCAGGGGGCUGGUGUAACCCUCCUCAACAGCACUUUGAUCUCUCUCAGCCUGUCUUCCAACGCAUUGCCCAAUACAAAGCUGGAAUUGUACCUGUGGCUUACAGAAGGGUACCCUGCAGGAGGAGAGGAGGCAUAAGGUUCACCGUCAAUGGUCACUCUUACUUCAAUCUCGUCCUGAUCACCAACGUUGGUGGUGCUGGUGAUGUACAUGCUGUGUCCAUCAAGGGGUCAAGGACUGGUUGGCAACCAAUGUCAAGGAACUGGGGGCAGAAUUGGCAGAGCAACAAUAAUCUUAAUGGCCAAAGCCUUUCAUUUAAGGUCACCACCAGUGAUGGCCGUACUGUGGUCUCCUACAAUGUUGCUCCUUCUAGGUGGUCCUUUGGGCAGACUUUCUCCGGUGCCCAGUUCCGUUAG